AUGGUAUCUGCUUUUGUCAACGUCCCAAUCUAUGGAACAAUAGACCGGAAAUCUGACACUAAUAAUAUUAAUGGGCCUCGGCGACUCCGGCCGUGGCACGAAAAGAUUGAAAUCGAUCGUUCCUUCUACACCCCCACCAUGACUCAAAAUAUUAGAUCCACUGAAGGGGUGCUUCGAGUCGUCCCGCCACCAGGCGCGUCUGGAAUAGCCCCAAAAGACGGCGAAGCCAACAUCCUCAUAACUUCUGCCCUACCCUAUUGCAACAAUGUCCCUCAUCUUGGAAAUAUCAUUGGGAGUGUCCUAAGUGCAGAUGUUUUUAGUCGAUAUUCUCGGACAAGAAACAGGAAUACACUAUACAUUUGUGGAACGGACGAGUAUGGGACUGCUACUGAGACGCAGGCAUUGAAGGAAGGCAUAACACCCAAGGCUUUAUGCGACAAGUAUUUCGUCAUCCACAAAGCGACAUACGAGUGGUUCGAUAUUGGCUUCGACUACUUCGGUCGCACAUCAACCCAAGCACAUACGGAGGUUACCCAAGGUAUCUACAGGAACCUCGGGAAAAACGGAUUCCUCGACAAACAAGACAAGGAGCAGACAUAUUGUGAGGGUUGCGCGAAAUUCCUUGCCGAUCGUUUUGUUGAAGGCAUAUGCCCGAAUUGCGGCUACGAGGAUGCUCGAGGAGAUCAAUGCGACAAUUGCGGCCGGACUUUCGACGCAAUAGAGCUUCUUAAACCACGAUGUCUUGUGAAUAAGACACACAGCGUUGUCGCAAAAACCUCGACACACAUGUACCUCAAACUUGAUGCUCUUCAACCUCGGAUAGAGAAGUGGAUCAAAGAAUCCGCAAGAAAAGGAAAAUGGUCGCCAAAUACCACUAUCAAUCACGACGGUGAAAUUAUCGAUGCCCGUAUGCAACAAGGACUGAGGCCGACUCCUUUAACCCGAGAUUUGACCUGGGGUGUACCUACUCCUCCGCUUGGUACACCCGAAGAUGAGGUGAUGAAAGGAAAGGUGUUCUAUGUAUGGUACGACGCUCCGAUAGGUUAUCCAAGUAUAACCGCCAACUACACGGAAGGAUGGGAGAAGUGGUGGUUCAACCCUGAUAACGUCAAGUUGUAUCAGUUUAUGGGGAAGGACAACGUUUAUUUCCACAGCAUUUACUUCCCAGGUGUUCAGAUCGCAGAUGGUCGCAACUGGACGACAUUACAUCACCUUUCUGCUGCAGAAUAUCUAAAUUACGAGGGUGGUAAAUUCUCCAAGAGCCGAAACCGUGGUGUCUUCGGUACACAAGCUAGGGAAACUACCAUCAGCGCCUCGGUUUGGAGGUAUUAUCUACUUUCCACUAGGCCAGAGACCGCCGACUCUAUGUUCUCUUGGGCGGAUUGCAUUGCAGCAAACAACAACGUUCUUCUGAACAAUUUUGGGAAUUUUGUAAACCGAUUGUUGAAGUUCGUUGCAUCUCAGUACAGCGGCAUCGUACCUGAAAGCGGUGAUCAACCAGGACCUCUUUCACCUAACGAUGAGCAUGAUGCCGAAUUCAUCUCGGACGUGAACAAUUUGCUCAAGGAGUAUGUUGACGCGAUGGAGGUCACUAAACUUCGGCUCGGUCUUCAAAUCAUCAUGCUUAUUUCCAAUCGAGGAAACAGCUAUCUUCAAUCUUCAGGUUUAAACAAGGCUCUAAUGGCCGAGAACCCGAAACGAUGCGCCCAAGUGGUUUCACGAGCAAUGAAUCUAAUUUACGUCUUAUCCUCACUGGUAUAUCCCUACAUGCCCACGACUUCCGAAGCGAUUCUCAAGCAGAUCAAUGCUCCUGCACGCAUUGUCCCUGACGUCUUGUCGACGGAUAUCCUUGCAGGGCACACGAUCGGCAAACCCGAGCAUCUAUUCAAGAAGAUUGACGAGGGCAUGGCAGAGGUGUAUAGAAAAAAGUUUGGUGGGGUUGAGACAAAGGAGACGCCCACAGAACCAGCUCCAAAAGCCAAAGUAAAACCGGUAGCAAUACCUCCUGCCGAGAAGACACCCGCGAUGUUGGCCAAAGAGAAAGAAAUCACGGAACAGGGUAAUCUAGUGCGAACGUUGAAGGCUCAGCCAAAAUCGAGUGAGCUUGAUGCUCAGAUAAAAGAUGAGGUAGACAAACUGAAGAAAUUGAAGGUGGAGUUGGGGGUUCUGCAGCAAGAAGCUGCAAAAUCAAACUGAUGGCGGGGCGUAUAGAACUGAGAUAUUCAAAAAUCAAUAGAACUGUAGUAUAUAGUGUACGUGUAUACCUUGAUCUUUACUUUGGUUGCUCGUAACGGCAGCGUCGUGUUUCUUUCAAUUUCUCUACCGCGCUUUCAACGGUAGAUACGCC